UAAUAACUGUAUUGUUUUCAUAGGUAUCGUAAUAUUAAAAAAUUACGAGAAAACUAACAUAACAUAACAAUUUUUAUUUAUUGAAUAUGUUUAAAACGUGUUGUAUUUGUCUUGAGACAGCAGAAGAUUUAUCCCCCAUGACUUAUGAUGAGAUAAAGAUGUAUAAAUUAUUCGUGCCGAAGGUACAAAAUAAUGAAAAUAAUAUGAAACUGUGUAUGUACUGCAAGUGGACGAUCAGAAAAUUCAUUAAACUAACUCAACAGUGGCAAACUGCUUAUGAAGUGUUGAUUGAAGGAGUGCAAAUGGACACAAAGGUAAUCUUUCUCCGAACACCACACAAGUUCAUCACCACUUCAGAGCAUCAUUAUUUAGGCCCUGAUGAUGAAAUAAGUGACGAUAAUGACGUGGAUGAAGUACCCUUGAUAAUGCUAAGCAAAAGCUGUAGAAAGAAAAAGAAGAAACGGAGAAAGCACUUGCACGGUAGUCACUAUGAAGACUGCAUAUUUCAGCCAAAAGACACCAAAGCUGAUAUAAAAACAGAGAUAGAUAUGAAAGAGUGCGUUUUGAACGAUGGCUCGAAGGACCAAAAUCAGAAACGGCCGAAAAAGGAACCGCUAGAUGGAUUUACGACUCGCAUGGUGCGAGAAACUAAUGAGUAUGUAGUCAUAAAGCUGACUAAAGAUCAGGUGUUAGAGGAAAUGUUCCAAAGAUCAACGAGCGAGUCGUACGCCCGCGCCGCUUACAAAUGCGACAAAUGUGUCAAAGGCUUCAAUUUCGAGGAUGUGCUUAACUCACACGCCGCAAAACAUUCACCAGAGAACGGCUCUUUUCAAUGUGAUAUUUGUACGCAAUACUGUCCCAGUGCAGUUUCCUUGAGAGGUCAUAUUAAAUCACAUACUACUAGAUAUAAAUGCAAGAUAUGUGGGUACGUCCGUCUGUCGCGGCAGCAUUUAUUGGAACAUCACGCUAUAUCGCACACGAGCGAGGCAGCGUGCUAUCGUUGCGAUUCAUGCCAAUUUGUUACCAAUAAACGUACAGUAAUGCAGAGACACGUAAAAUCGCAUUCGUCCGAGCGUCACACUUGCCAUCAGUGUGGGAAGAAUUUUAAAACAAUAAUGUCGCUAAGAGUGCAUACUAUACGCCAUGACAAAUCUCGAGGCUUCCAAUGUCAGCAAUGCGAUAAAACUUUCAUCUACCCUUCAGUAUUACACAAACACAUACAGGCAGUGCACGAGAGAGACGACUAUUACUGCGUGGAGUGCGAUGUCAAGUUCAAAUCCCCGGAAACUCUAAAGCAUCAUUUUAAAAAAGCGAAGAGACAUCGCGACUCCUCUUCUUAUAAGUACGUGUGCGAGCAGUGCCCGGCGCAGUUCGCGCAGGCGUCGUCGCUGGCGGCGCACGCGCACGCGGCGCACGGCGCGGGGCGCGCGCACGAGUGCGCCGCGUGCGCGCGCGCCUUCUCCAGCCGCGAGACGCUGCGCGCGCACGUGUGGCGCCAGCACGCGCGCGCCGCGCACCACUGCCACGUCUGCGGAAACACUUUCUCGCGUCUCAGUUCGUUGAAGUCUCACCUGCGCACACACGCGGAACACACAAACACACAGAAACAAGAAGACUUACCGAAUGAAGUGAGGCCGCCGGAGACGCAGCUGUUGAAGUCUGAACCUAAUGCUCUUGAAAACAGAUGUGAUUUUCCGUAGACGUGUGUUGGAUCUGUGAUCUUUACUACAGCGCAAAGUCUCAUUUAGACGGGAGAAGUUUUUUCUAACUAAUCAUCAGGAUAUUGUAUCAUACUGUUUAGACAGAGAUUGAAAACAUAAUAUUUACUUGAAGACAAAAUAAUUGCUCUCAUUCUAGUGACGCGCUGUCUCUUUCUAAUGGAAUUCGCCUAAAAAAUGGUCUAAAAGAGACAAAGAGCUAACCAUGUAUGAGUUAAAAUUAAUAGUUUUCACUUAACUGUGGCUCCAGUAUAAGGGCCUGUAGAUAAAAGAUCAUUGCAAGUUGUAGAUAAGUAUUUUUAUAAAAUUGCUACC